CCCGUGUUUAGGGAGUUCAAAAAUUUUGAAAAUCCGAACCGUUCAUUAAAUGCAAAUCUGGAACUUCUCUGAGGCAUUCCGUCUUCAAUCUCGAUCCGUAUUUUCUCCGUCAAUCGAGCAUGUCGGCCAUCAGAUUUGCUCCGGUGAUUGCAGUUGCGUUGCUCGUUCUCCGAUCGUACUCCACCGCCGCCGAUUUCUCGCUUCCACCUCUCUUCGGAGGAGAAGGUACGUGUUCAGAUAGUGUUUGUGGAAAGGGAAAAUGCGUGACGAAGAACAGUACCUUCGGAUUCGAGUGCAAAUGCGAGGCAGGGUGGCGACAAGCUCGUUCCGACGAUGCCGAUGGGUUUAAGUUCCUUCCGUGCGUGAUUCCCAACUGUACGAUGAACCACUCCUGCGACAACACUUCCGAUCCUUCGCGUCGCGAUCAAGACAGAAACGGCUCAUCCAUUUUCGAUCCCUGCUUCUGGGCAGACUGUGGAGGAGGUUCGUGCAACAAAACCUCCCCGUUUACGCGCACCUGCAUAUGCGAACAGGGGUACUACAAUUUGUUCAACUCGACAUCUUUCCCGUGCUACAAACAAUGUGCAAUUGGACUCGACUGUGCGAAACUCGGAAUCAACAUCAUGAACUCAUCGAACCCGAGCUCCAACAUGAAUGACAACAGUGAAAAUCACGGAACAAGCUUGAUUCCAAGAAUCGAAUUCAGUUGGUCGAUUGCCUUGGCAACGGGUUCGGCUCUGGUUUGGCUGAUGUAUAGUUAAUCAGACACAGGUAACCGCAUCGAAUGUUACAUAUAAAGCUGGCGUUUUUACUUCGGUCACAGCUGUGGUGAUUUUACGAUAGACUUAUAGGAUAAAUAAAUUUCACCACACGUUCACAGAGUUUUGUAUCUACACUCUAGUUUUGUUCGAAUUUCUCUGGUGUGUAUAUGUAAUUAUACUCUUAAUUAUUGCAUGAUUUAUAGUUUCGACAGUGAAUUUUAACUUUACUAA